AUAUGGGAGAAACCCACACACUAAACUUUCCCUCGCACUAACUAUAUAACCCCAAAUUGCUUUCAAAUUAAAAUCCGAUUUACAAAUUGCGGUGCAUUCUUACGACUUUCUCGCUCCUUUCCAACUAACGCUUGUUCUGGGCUGAUUAUUCUGGUUGGUGAUUUUUUUUUGAGGAUGGCUGAAGAGGGUCACAGAGUCACUUUGCAUGUCUAUGACUUGAGCCAGGGACUUGCUCGUCAACUUUCUACCACUUUUCUUGGGAAAGCCAUUGAAGCUAUUUGGCACACCGGAAUUGUUGUUUAUGGUAAGGAGUACUUCUUUGGAGGAGGAAUACAACAUGCUCCUGCUGGAUCAACACAAUAUGGGACACCAAUGAAAGUUGUAGACUUGGGGAUCACAUAUCUGCCACAAGAUGUGUUUGAAAGUUACCUGGAGGAAAUCAGUGAUCGUUACACUGCUGAAACUUACAGUUUACUUUCUCACAAUUGCAACAACUUCAGCAAUGAGGUUGCUCAAUUUCUUGUAGGAACAUCCAUUCCAGAUUAUAUUCUUCAGCUCCCUAAUGAAGUUAUGAGUAGCCCCAUGGGUGCUAUGAUAUUGCCUAUGAUUCAGCAACUAGAGGCAACAAUGAAAGCAGGGGCGGUUCCUCAAGCUCCUCAGUUCAGACCAUCAUCAUUGGGACAGGCCGCAACAGGUGUUACAAGCAGUCAAAGCAAGUCCUCAAAUGUGUAUGCCAAAGCAACUGAGAGCAAUAGUAAAUCUCAGGAGCAAUCCAACAAAAAGGAGGAAGCUAACACAUCUCAGAAAACUCUAGAUAAAGAAGUGCCUCCUGCUGUUCAGCCAACGGGAGCACAAGAGACAUCGGCUGAUCCAGCAGAAGACCCUCUUGGUGAUGCCAGAGGUAAAGUGCAAGAGGAGAUAACCAGAGAAUUCGCUGCUCUCAUGGCAACAGGGACUUUGAGGGCAAGUGAGGCUGCUGCUCUAGCAACUCGUAAAGUGAUGGAGAGAUAUGGAAAGUUAAAUGUUGCAAUGUCUUAGAAACAAUAUCUUAUGAUCAUUUUAUUGAUUAAUUUUAAAUUUUAACUUAAUUAAAUCUAUAUUAUAGAUUGCUACAUAGCUUUUCCCAUGUUGAAGUGUAGUAUUAAUACUAUUUAACUGAUUUGACACAUUGCUUUGGAUAUUGGUUACUCAUUUUGAUAAUGCUUUAAUUCAAAUUCCU